UGCAUUAACUUAAUCGACUAACUUUGAAUUCGUCGAUGCAUAUAGUUCCAUACUCUGUGGCAACCCCACCACCAUCACACUCUUCUCUCCCUCCUCUGCCAUGGUUUUCUUCGCCUCCGUUUCAAACUCUAAUCAAUGCCGAAAACAAACCUUGUUGUUUAUAUUUACCAUCUUCACUUUGUUCCAUACACUCUUUACCACUGUAGUAUCCCUUUCCUUCAACUCUUCAACCUUCCAACUAAACUCAAAUAAUCUAAUAGACUUUAAGGGUGAUGCUUUUUCCUCAAAUGGUGUUCUUCAGCUCACAAAGAACCAAAUUGAUGACAAAAUCACAUUCAGCGUUGGUCGAGCCUCGUAUAACCAACCAGUGAGGCUUUGGGAUGGAAGAACCAAGAAGCUCACUGAUUUCACAACCCACUUUUCUUUUGUCAUGAAAGCUAUUGACCCAUCACGGUUUGGUGAUGGGUUAGCCUUCUUCCUUGCACCAUUUGAUUCUGUCCUCCCAAACAAUUCAGCUGGUGGGUACCUUGGCCUAUUCAGCAAUGAAUCCGCAUUCAACACUAAGAAAAAUCAGUUAGUUGCGGUUGAGUUCGACAGCUUCAAAAAUGAAUGGGAUCCGAGCUCUGAUCAUGUAGGAAUCAAUGUCAACUCCAUUCAAUCUGUUACAAAUGUCACUUGGAAGAGCAGCAUUAAGAACGGAUCGGUCGCUAAUGCCUGGAUAUGGUACAACUCUACAACCAAAAAUCUCUCUGUGUUCCUUACUUAUGCUAAUAAUCCAACUUUUAAUGGCAAUUCUAGUCUUUGGUAUGUCAUUGACUUGAGGGACGUGUUGCCAGAGUUUGUUAGAAUAGGCUUUUCAGCGGCCACAGGUUCAUGGAUUGAAAUACACAACAUUUUGUCUUGGUCAUUCAGUUCAAGCUUGGAUGAGGGUAGUAGGAAAAAGGUGAAGGUUGGUUUAGUGGUUGGUUUAAGUGUUGGUUUGGGUUGUUUAGUUUGUGUUGUAGGCCUAUUAUGGUUUACGUUUUGGAGAAGGAAAAAUAAAGGAAAGGAGGACAACUUAGGUGUUGAUGCUUCUAUAGAUGAUGAGUUUGAGAGAGGAACUGGCCCAAAGAGGUUCACCUAUCCAGAACUAAGCAACGCAACCAACAACUUUGCAGAAGAAGGAAAGCUAGGAGAAGGAGGAUUUGGAGGUGUUUACAAAGGCAUAGUUGUACACUCCAACCUUGAAGUGGCAGUGAAGAGGGUUUCAAAAGGGUCAAAACAAGGGAAAAAGGAAUACGUGUCAGAAGUGAGAGUAAUCAGCCGGCUGAGGCAUAGAAACUUGGUUCAACUCAUAGGGUGGUGCCAUGAACAAGGUGAGCUCCUUCUUGUUUAUGAAUACAUGCCUAAUGGAAGCCUUGAUUCUCAUCUGUUUGGAAAUAGAGUCAUGCUUUCAUGGGUGGUGAGACACAAGGUGGCCUUAGGUUUAGCAUCUGCUCUUCUUUAUCUUCAUGAAGAGUGGGAACAAUGUGUGGUGCAUAGAGACAUCAAGUCAAGUAAUGUCAUGUUGGAUGCAAAUUUCAAUGCCAAACUUGGUGACUUUGGUCUUGCAAGGCUAGUAGACCAUGAACUUGGUUCUCAAACCACUGUUUUGGCAGGCACAAUGGGGUACCUAGCCCCAGAGUGUGUCACCACAGGAAAAUCCAGCAAGGAGUCUGAUGUGUACAGCUUUGGUGUUGUUGCACUUGAAAUCACAUGUGGUAGAAAACCAGUGGAAGUGAGAGAAGAACCUAGUAAAGUAAGGCUUGUGGAGUGGGUGUGGAGCCUCUAUGGAAAAGGGAAACUACUUGAAGCAGCUGAUCAGAAACUGAAUUGGGAAUUUGAAGAACAGCAAAUGGAAUGUUUGAUGAUUGUUGGGUUGUGGUGUUGUCAUCCUGAUCAUACCAUGAGGCCCUCCAUUAGGCAGGUGAUUAGUGUCCUCAACUUUGAAGCCCCUUUGCCAAGUCUUCCAUCCAAGUUGCCUGUGCCAAUGUAUUAUGCACCUCCAAUGGAUAUGUGCAAAUUCUCCUACACUUCAUCUGGUGUUACUAGCACAACCAAAGCAUCUUCCCCAUACUCAUCAAUCUCGGAAGGGUCCGGAAAAUCUCUAUUAAAGCACUAAAAUUAUUUACUAUUUAGAUGUUGGAAUUGUACUAUGGCAUAACUUGUCUAAUUUUGUUUGUGUAGCAGAAUUUGCACAUCAUCUCUGAAUACACAAAACUUUUGUAGAAAUUAAUUAGAGAAAUUUUUACUUUG